AAUGUGUCGAAAAAGCAAAAAAGGGUUCCGUUCAUUAACGUUGACCUUUCUUGAAACUUGAAAUAAUUAUAGCACAAAAAUCACAGUAAAUGCGACCAACACCGAUUAACGGUUGUCUUUGCCGCUUUGACACUGCCGCCGUCCAACCCACCAGUGUGGGUGGUGAAAGCAAAAUUUACAAACAAAAGUGAAGGCGUAGGCGCGCGAAUCGUUCGGUCUCCAGUUUUGCGGCAUCAUUAUUCUACAGGCAAAAGCGGAAAUUUCACAAAUUUUCAAUGGAAAUUACAACCAAAAAUUUCAUUGAGCAGCUGCCGGCGAUUCGUCAAACCAUCCGGGAGGCAAGCUUCUUCGCCAUCGAUACGGAAUUCACCGGUUUGACGUCGGAUCGGAACGUCAUGCCGUUCGAUACACCGGAGGAGGUGUAUCUGAAGACGAUCGAAAAUUCGGCACAUUUCGUUAUCAUUCAGUUUGGGUUGUGUGCGUUCCAGGUUCACCCGGAAAGUGGACAGGUUAGCUACAAAUGCUUCAACUUCUAUUGCUAUCCGAAGGGGCGCGUACCUGUGUUCGCCUGCCAAGGGGAGAGUAUGCGCUUCCUGGCGGAUAACGGGUUCGAUUUCAACAAGCUAUUCAGGGAGGGAUUGUCCUACUGUGGCGAAGUGGACGAGGAGCGGCUGAGGACGGAGUUAAAGGAUAGACAAGAUCAACGGGCCGCAACGUUAGAAGCAAAAGCAGAAGAGAAUGGCAAUAACGAUUCACUGAACAUGGUUCCCGUACCUCCGGAGGAGGAAAAGUUGAUAGGGGAAAUAAGCGUGCGAAUUGAAGAGUUUCUCAAAUCGGAGGAUAAGGACUACACUAUAACCAACUGCAACGGGUUCCAGCGGAAGUUGAUAUACCAGAUGAUCGACUCACAGUUUAGAAAAACUAUCUCCACUUCCUCGGUGACCCUGGAGAAUAACCACAAAGCCAUUCUGGUGGAACGCAAACGCUCAAAGCAAGAGGAACUAAAACUGGAGCAGGAACGGGUGGCUCAGGAAAACGAGGACCUGGAACGUAUGGUGGGGCUUUCGCUUGUUCUGCAGGAAUUGUCCCAGGCGAGAAAGUUGAUCAUUGGUCACAACAUGCUGCUGGACUUGCUAUUCAUCAUACGACAGUUCUUCCGUCCACUGCCACAUAGCUAUCAGGACUUCAAGAAGACAAUGCGGGAGUUGUUUCCACUUAUCCUGGACACCAAGUACCUGUGCACAAACGGAGAACUUAAAGUGCACAUCUACUCGUCGGUGUUGGCUCACGUAUUUGAAGCGGUUAAUAAGGCGCCCUUCAUUAUGCCGGAUGUUACCUGUGGAUUCGAGGAGCAUAAGUAUUCUGCCGAUGACACGAAACAUCACGAUGCCGGUUACGAUGCGUAUCUCACCGGCAUGUGCUUCCUGGGAUUGGCCAGUUUCUUCAAGGCGGACCUGAAGGACAUCACACACGAUCCGGUAUUGAAGGCCUAUUUUAACAGAAUAUUUUUGCUGCGAGUUUCCGAAAUAAACUACAUCUACACACAUGGGAAAGAACCAUCCUUCUCGCGAGAGCACGUUUUCUUCGUGUCCUUCCCGGAGAGUUGGCGUCAGAGCGACAUCGUGAACCGUUUUCGCAACUAUGGUCAAGUGCACGUGAACUGGGUCAACAGCAGUUCGGCGUUCGUUACCUUGCACAAUCGUGACUAUGCCAGUCACGUGAUCAAAACCAUCGACAAAGCUAGCAUCUCCAUCUGUACUUUGACCCAGUUCAAAGCCAAGCAUUGGCUGGGGUUAAAAGAAGGCACGAUAGUGAUAGUGCCGAUCAUGGACACCACCAGCAACAUCAGCAGCACCAUCAUCCCCACCACUCCCACCAUCAUCACGCCCACCACAAAGGAAAAGCGGAAAAAGAAGAAAAAUCGCCAUCGGUAGUGCCGCCUCAGGUUUCCGCCGAGGAGGUGGCUGCCUUUGGGGCCGCCAGUCAACCGAAAAAGGCCAAGAAAGGACCCUUCGCUGAGGACGACAACUGGUGAGCAGAGCCAAGUAUGUAGGACAUUUUAUAUUUUUAUUUUGUCUAGAGUAUUUUUUUCGACGCAAACAGAUUUUUUUGGGCUUGACUCAGGAACUAAGAACUAGAG